UCGCUUCUCAGGAUGGCGCAUUGUUUGAACUCUAAUUUCAAUAAUAAUAGAGUAUAUUUGUUUGGAGUGGGGCUUUGUUGUAAUGUUUGUAGUAAUAGUCGGGCUAUGCAUGGGGACGUGCAUUAGUGUUACAUUGUAAUGUUAAGUAGAGAGGGUUAGAAUUAGUUAUGUAAGACAGCGGCGCAGGAUUGGUGGCGGAGCUGAGCAUGCGCAGAACGCUGCACCGACCAACACAAUAAACCAUCAGCGCUGUUUACGGAAUUGAAAUUAUAAGUGGUCUUUUUUUUUUUUUUUUUUUUUUUAAGAAGGGGAAAGCUUUGAGUGAAGAGUGAAGGGAUGACGUUCCCUGUGGAUCUCCUGGCUGAUGUCAGGCAGGGAGAGCUGGAGCGUGCAGCCCAGAACUACAUGAACAGCCUCCUCUUCAGCAACCCUGACUCUCUUCAGCUGCUCACACUUGCCAACGCAACCCAGGUAACCAUUGGUCUUUCCAAUGUGGGCUUUGUCCCCAUUUAUGGCGGCAAUGAUAGGCAAAAGGUCCUGGCCCUUUUCUCCCCAAGUGAUCCAUUCACAGCUGUGGCUCUUUACUUACUGGACCGAUGGUGGACAGUAGAUGACAUUCUCAAGACAUCAGACCCUGCCAGAGAUGGAGCUGUGCAGGUGGAGACACUUGGCGAGAGAAUUGUUCUGUACAUCCUCAACCGUGUGAUCUACAGAGUCAAGGAGAUGAGCACUGAGGAGCUUCCCUUCCUCUGCCAUGGGGAAAAUGCUUAUGCGAAAAUCCUCUGGAGAAAUGGAGAGGCUGUUGGUUUCUAUUCGGUCAAGCCCUCUGGCAGCUUACACAGUUCCUUCUUAAGCAGAAGCUAUCAGCUUCCUGUCAUGGACUCCAUAUUUGUCAGAAAAUGUCACCGCGGUAACGGUCUUGGCCUCAAGAUGCUGGAGGACUUUGUGCUCAGUUUCAAAGAGGACUGCCUGGGGUUACGGUACCCCCUUACAAAAGCCAUGUAUAAAGUUUGUCAGACGUACCUGAGCCAGUACCCAGAAGACAGAGACUUGCUGUGGGAGGUGGAGAGCAUAGGUGGGCCCAGCCAGAGGACCAACAUAGCCAACAAAAUCCGGACCAUGGAUUUGAGUGCAGUAUCCAAGAGUUUCUCAUUCAUGGAGGAGUCACUUGUGAUCAGUGAUGUGACUGAAAAUGAUGUGGUCAUGGAGGCAAUUACCACACAUAUUGAGGAACAUGAAUCUAUGGAGUGCACAGUCGAAAUUGUGGAGGAAGUUACAGUAGUGAAAACUGCAAACGUUUCAGAGAAUGAUGAAGUACCAGUUACCACCCGUGGCAGGAGUAGUGGCCUGAAGCGGAGUAAGAUCAGACAAAAGAUAACAGAGGACAACAAAUCAGAAAAAGUAAUCAGAAUCGAGGAUAUUGAAGCAGAAACUCCCAAAGAGGAAUGUGUCGCAGAGCAACAGGAAAUGGAGCUGCCGGACGUUUCUGAAUUGGACAAGACAGUGCAGGAUGAGGAUGUAGUUGGUGUGACAACUGAAGAAAAAGCAGAGACUCAAAUUGACAACAUGCCCGAAGACGAAGUGGAUACAGUGUCAGACAUACCUGUCUCAGUCCCAGCCACAAUUUCAUCUCAACAAGACUUAGAAGAAACUACAGCUGAGGUUACAGAAGCAUCAGCUGGUGAAGAGCCUUCAGUAGAGGAUAUCUGCACACAGGACCUGAAUAAAACCUCCUGUGAACCACAGAUAGCAGUUGAGAACGUGGCAUCCGAAGUAGAGGAAGCACAGGAAGAGUCUCAAAAGGAAGACAUCACAGAGCUGGCAUUCUCUAUAGAAGGUGUAGAGGUGUGUAGAGCAGCGGAGGCCCUAGAGGAAGAGGAAGAGGGACCUAAAUCUGAGACUGCAAAAGAAACUGUUGGACAACAGAAGUCAAGUCAUCUCUCAAAACAGCUGGAAGAACCUCAAAAACAAACAGAAAAAUCUGUUAUAAAAGCCAUAAAAGCAGUACAGAGUGAAAUGCCCACAAGGAGAUCUCAGCGCUACAACAAGCAAGAAGAGGUGGUAAAAGGGGAAGAGACUACAGCACAGGGUGGUACAAGAGUUUUGAGAUCAAGAACUACAGUGCUGCCCCCCACGCCUAAGCGCAAGAGCACCCAACAAAGCCAAAAAGAACAAAAAGAAUUACAGAAGGAAGAUGAAGAGGCAGAGAAAAUUGAGGCUUCAGUUGAGCCCCCUGCAGUUGUAGUGGAAGAGUCAAUUGUAAUGGAGGUAAAAGUACAAGAAGAGAUCACUGCAGAGGUUACAGCUGUCAAAGAGGAUAUUCUUGCUGUGCAAGCGGAAUUAAAUGAGGAAGAUCAAACCAUUCAAGAAAAGGGGCAGGUGGCCGAUGAAAAAAUGGAGGAUCAGGUGGGGACAGAGAAACAAGAGGAGCCAGGAGUAGAAGACACUGUAGUGGAGGAGAGUGCCAUAGAGGUUCCAGAUACAGAGGAGUCUGUCCUUAAAACACCAGAAGAGGAAGAGACAACAGUAGCAGAAAUGGAUGAUCUGGAGAAGGAAAAAAAGGAUGUGGAGGAUCAAUCAGAGGUUUCCAAAGUUGAGGAUGAGGAGCCUCCUGUUGUUUAUAGAAGAGCUUUAAGGGGCAAAGUAAAAACUGUUGAACCUACGCCCACAAGACAAAGCAAAAGAAAUCAAAAGGAGAAGGACAAAGACAAAGCAGAGCAGACCACAGAAGGUCCCUCUAGCAUACAGAAAGAGGAUGAACAAGUAACAAGCAAAGAAGACACUGCUGUAAAAGAAACAGAGAAAGCAGCGAGUUUGGAAGUAGAAGAGAAAGUGAGAAGUGUUGUUGAGGAAGAAGCUGAAAUUCCAGAGGGCGAGCAGGCAUUGGAGGAAGCUCCACCUGUAACUGAGGAAGAGAUGGGUGUGGAGGGGAAACAGGUUGAGGAAGAGGAAAAGACUCAACCAGUGACAGAGAAUGCAUCUGUUUUGGAAGGAGAUGAAGAAGCAGCCAGUGUCCCAGAUGCUGGAGAUGACAGAGUUGAAGAGGCAGAAACUGACACAGAGUUAGUCAAACCCACGACUGCAUCAGUGACAGUUACACCUGAUGAAGGUCAAGGGGAGACCAAAUUCAGCACUGUAUCAGCAGCUGCAGAUGAAGAGCUUCAGGAAGAAGAUGAUAUCACUUCUCAAAUCCCUAAGCUCCAGAGAGCUACCGUGGUCUUGGUCGACCUGAAAAAAACCUCACAUCAUCUUGAGGGAGCUGUAGGAGAGUAUCUUACUAAUGAAAAUGCCUCCGAAGAACAACAGAAGGAGCAGGCAUCAGCAGAAGAGGCUGAGAAAGAAGUCCCUAGUUCCACUGUAGAGGAGCAAAAUCUUGAGCCAGAAAAACUGGUAGGGAAAGAGGGAGAGAGUGUGGAAUUAGAAAGUAUAAAGGAACAAGCUGCACCUACAACCGCAGAAACAGAGAUUGUUGAGGAGGAAGAGGUUGAAAAAGACACCUCUAAACAGGGGAAGGAAGAUAUUAUCAAUGUAGAAGAGGCAAAUUCAGGUGAGACAGAACAUGCACCAGUUAUUGAAUCAAGAGUUCUGAGAAGUGGGAGAAGGACAGUUGGAGCAAGCAGAUCCACAAGUACAGACACAAAACAGCAAGGGAAAGACAUAGAUAAUGCAGGAGCGGAUAUUAAUGAGGAGACGUUGGACAAGGCAGAACCAGAGCCAGAACCAGAGAUUGUUGAGGGGGCAACAGUUGAGGUGGAAAAGGUAGAAGGAGAGAUAACAUCUGUAGAGGAGGACACAGUCACAAUAGAGGAAGCAGUGGGAGAGAAACAGCCUGCCACUUCACAUGCAUUGGCAGAUGGGCAGGUAGAAAUCCUGGGUCAGGAAGAGACUCUUGCAGCCAAUUUAGAUGAGACAAAGAGCUUUGAAGAAGAACAAAUACCAGUUGCUCAAACAAGAGCACUCAGAAGUGGAGGAAAGACAGUGAAAGUUACACCAAUACACAAAUCAACAAGAAGCAAACAGCAAGAGGAUGAUGAAAAAGGGGAGGAAGAGGCAGCUGUAGGAAGCAGUGCUGAUGAAGAUGAACCAACAGUAGAAACAAGAGUUCUGAGAAAGGGAAGGAAGACUGCUCCUGUGACACCCAGACCCGAAUCCAAAAGAGCUCAUAAACAAGCCCAGGAGGAGGAGGAAGGAGAUGAGGAAUCUAACUCCACAAGAGCCCUGAGAAGUGGCAAAAAGACAGUCAAAGCGACACCGAGGCGCAAAUCCACAAGAAGCAAACAGCAAGAAGAGGAACAAGAGGAGGACGCAGCUGUAGAAAGUAGUGAUGAAGAAGAACCAGCAGUACAAACAAGAGUCCUGAGAAAGGGAAGGAAAUCUGCUCCUGUGACACCAAGACGUAAAUCCAAAAGAGCUCGCAAACAACUCCAGGAGGAGGAGGGAGAAGAGGAAUCUACAACAGCAGAAGAAAUACAAGUAGAGGCAGAAGAGGCUGGACAGGAAGCAGCUGAGGAAAGACUGGGAAAAAAAGAUGGCGAGAUUGAAGAAAAUAUUCAGGAGGAAACUGCUACUACAGCAGUGGAAAGUAUGGAGCCAGACACUGACAUGGACAAAGGAAACAGGAAAGAGGAAAAAGCAGAAGAGGAAUGUAUACCUGCAGAGGAGACAGAAGUGGAGAAAGAAGAGGAGAGGCUGAGCACAAAUGAAGAAAAAGAAGAAACUGAAGCAAAAGAGAUGGUAGAAGAAAAGGUAGCUGAAGAAGGAGAAAAACCUGGAGAAAAGCCUGCCUCUGUAACUAUAGAAGACAAGGUAAUGGAAGAAGUGACAGAGGAAGUCACUAUGACAUUAGCUGAGACGGAGGAAAACUCUGAGAUAGCUCAGAUAGGAACUGCAGCAGAUGAAAUGGUACAAGAACAAGGAACUGACACACUGUGUGAGUCCAAAGCUGGGUUUACACCUUCAGCUGAAGAGCCAGAGAAAGAGGACAGUGUAUCUCAGUUCUCUAGUCUCCAAAGAGCCACUGUGGUCUUAGUUGACUUGAAAAAAAACUAUCAUGAACUACAAGUGGAAGCAAAAGAAACAGCAACUGUUGAGGAGAAUGUUUCCACAGAGAAGCUUCCUGCUGAAGCAGAAGAUCAACAGAUGGAGGAGAGUGAAAAUGAAAAAGCAGAGGAGCAAAAAGUAGUGCCAGAAAAGAUGGCCGUCAAAGAAGGAGCAGAAGAUGAAAAGGCAGAAGAAGUUGGAAUUGCAUCUGCAGAAGUAGAGCAUAUUGAAAAUGAACAGCUUGACGAGGAUAAACCUGAGGCAGAGAAAGAAGCAGUUACUGAAGCCAAUGCAGCAAAACAUUCAAGUGAGGAAAAAGACAUGCAAGCUAUAGAAACUAGAGCCCUGAGAAGUGGGAGAAAGACAGUCAAAGCAGCAAUAGGACGAAAAUCUACAAAAAGAAGUGAACAACAGCAAGACAAUGAAGAAGACAAAGAGGCAGGUGUUGAAAAUAGUGCUGAAGAAAAUGAACCAGCAGUACAAACAAGAGUUCUGAGAGGAGGACGCAAGUCUACCCCUGUCACACCUAGACGUAAAUCCAAAAGAGGUCAAAAACAACUCCAAGAAGAGGAGGAAGAAGAGUUUACAACAGUUGAGGAAAUAGAAGUAGAGAAGGAAGAAGUUGGUCAGAAAGCAGCUGAGGAUAAAGAAGCAAAGGAAGAUGAGGAAAUUGAAGAGAAGGCUGAAGAGGAAGCUGCUGAGACAGUGGAAAGCACAGAGCCAGAAACUGAUGUGGACAAAGAGAGAGCUGUGGCAGAGGAAGUAGCCACAGCCACAUUUGCAGAUGGAGAAGAAGAGGUCCCAGUUGGAAAAGAGGCUGAAGUUGAGGAGACAAAUGAACAAGAAGAGGCAGAGCAAGGAGCAGCUGGGGAAACAGAUGAAAAGAAAGAUGAGGAGAUAGAAGAAAAAGUUGAGGAGGAAGCUGCUCUCGAAAAGGUGGAUGGUCUAGAGUCAGAAAUACUGGUGGAGGAACGGGAAACUGUGGCAGAGGAAGCUGUUACAGUGCAAGAUAUGAUGGAGGAGAAAGAGGUUGCUGAAACCUCUGUAGAGACCCCAGUUGAAAAUCUCUUGCCUGCCAAUGUAGAUGAGGCUAGAAGUUUUGAAGAAGAAGCGCCAGUUGUUGAAACAAGAGCCUUGAGAAGUGGAGGAAAAACAGUCAAAGUUACACCAAGGCGCAGAUCCACAAGAGGCAAACAGCAAGAAGAGGAACAAGAGGAGGAGGCAGCUGUAGAAAAUACUGAUGAAGAGGAACCAGCAGUACAAGCAAGAGUUCUGCGAAAGGGAAGGAGGGUUGCUCCUGUUACACCUAGACGUCAGUCCAAAAGAGCUCGCAAACAACUCCAGGAGGAGGAAGGAGAAGAGGAAGUAGCGACCGCUGAGGAGAUAGAAGUAGAGAAAGAAGGUGCUGGGCAGGAAACACCUGGGGAAAAACAGGAAAAAAUAGAUAAGGAGAUUGAGGAAAAGGUUGAGGAGGAAGCUGCUCCUGAGACAGUGGAAGAUACAGAGCCAGAAAUUGAGGUGGAGAAAGAAAAGGCUACAGCAGAAGAAUUAGUCACAAUAGAAGGUACAACUGAGGAGACCAAGUCCUCUGUGCCAGAGACAUUUGUAGAUGAGGAGGCAGAGACUCCAACUGGAGAAGAGGCUGAAGAGAAUAUCCUGUCAGCCAGUGUAAAUGAGGCAACAAACACUGCUGUGGAAGAAGAGGUGCCAGUUGCUGUUGAAACAAGGGUCCUGAGGAGUGGAGGAAAGACAGUCAAAGUUACACCAAGACGCAAAUCCACAAGAAACAGACAACAAGUGGAGGACGCAGCUGUAGAAAGUACGGAUGAAGAGGAACCAACAGUACAAACAAGAGUUCUGAGAAAGGGACGGAAGGUUGCUCCUGUAACACCGAGACGGAAAUCCAAAAGAACUCGCAAACAACUCCAGGAGGAGGUAGAAGAGGAGGGAGAAGAGGAGUCUACAACCGUUGAUGAAAUACAAGUAGAGAAGGAAGAGGCUGGUCUGGAAGCAGCUGAGGAAAAACAGGAAAAGGAAGAUGAGGAGAUUGAAGAGAAGGCUGAGGAUGAAGCUGCUGAGACAGUGGAAAGCAUAGAGCCAGAAACUGAUGUGGACAAAGGGAAAGCUUUGGUAGAUGAACCAGCCACAAUGGAACAAAAAGAGUCUGAGACAUUUGCAGAUGGAGAACUAGAGGCUACAGUUGGAGAAGUGGCUGAAGUUAGGGGGAUAGAAGUAGAACAAGAGGCAGCGCAGGGUGCAGCAGAGGAAACAGGUGAAAAGAAAGAUGAGGAAAUAGAAGAAAAGGUUGAGGAGGGAGCUGCUCUUGAAAAGGUGGAUGGUUUAGAGUCAGAAAUAGUGGUGGAGGAACACGAAACUGUGGCAGAGGAAGCUGUUACAGUGCAAGAUACAAUGGAGGAGAAAGAGGUUGCUGAAACCUCUGUAGAGACCCCAGUUGAAAAUCUCUUGCCUGCCGAUGUAGAUGAGGCUAGAAGUUUUGAAGAAGAAGUGCCAGUUGUUGAAACAAGAUCCCUGAGAAGUGGAGGAAAAACAGUCAAAGCUACACCAAAGCGCAGAUCCACAAGAGGCAAACAGCAAGAAGAGGAACAAGAGGAGGAGGCAGCUGUAGAAAAUACUGAUGAAGAGGAACCAGCAGUACAAGCAAGAGUUCUGCGAAAGGGAAGGAGGGUUGCUCCUGUUACACCUAGACGUCAGUCCAAAAGACCUCGCAAACAACUCCAGGAGGAGGAAGGAGAAGAGGAAAUAACAACCGCUGAGGAGACAGAAGUAGAGAAAGAAGAAGCUGGGCAGGAAACAACUGGGGAAAAAGAGGGGAAAAAAGAUGAGGAAAUUAACAAAGCUGUUCCUGAGACACUGGAAAGUAUGGAGCCAGAAACUGAGGUGGACAAAGAGAAAGCUGUGGCAGAGGAAGCAGCCACAAUAGAAGAUAUAACAGAGAAAGAAUCUGCAGUGGAAGAAACAGGUGAUCAGGCAGAGACCCCAGUUGAAGGAGAGGCUGAAGAGAAGAUCCUGUCAGCCAAGGUAGAUGAAGCAACAAGCACUGCCGAAGAAGAACCACAAGUUGUUGUAACAAGAGCUUUGAGAAGUGGGAGCAAGACAGUUAAAGCCACACCAAGACGCACACCAGAUAGAAGCAAACAACAGGAGGAGGAGGCAGCUGUAGAAAAGAAUGCUGAUGAAAAUGAACCAGCAAUUGAAGCAAUAGAAACAAGAGUUCUGAGAAAGGGAAGGAAGGUUGCUCCCAUGACACCUAGAUCUAAAUCCAAAAGAGCUCGCAAACAACAGAACAAUGCAGAAGAGGAAUCUACACUGACUGAGGACACAGAAGCAGAGGAAGAAGAAGCCGGGCUGGAUUCAGCUGAGGAGAAAAAAGAUAAGGAUACAGAAAAGGUUGAGGAGGAAGAAUUGCAGAGCCAGAAAAUGGAAACAGAGAAAGAGGGCUCUCCAGAGGAGGAAAGUGUUGUGGGAAAGGAGGGAGAGAAAGAGGGAACAACUCAAGAAGAAUCUGCACUUGCAAAUGCAGAAGAGGAAGAGAAGAUGGAGGAAGCCGCAACAGAGGAAACAACUGUAGCAGUGCUCGAAAAGGAGAAAGAGAUUGUAGCUAUUGAAGUGGCAGAAGAGGACAAUUUGGCAAACCAAGCUGAUGACGUAGCCUUGCUGGAAACAAAUGAAAUAGUGUCUGAAGAACAGGAGGAUGAGCAGGGGAAGGCUGAAGAGGCUGACCAGGAGCAAAAGGAGCAAGCAGAAGAAGAGGAAGCUACUGCAGGAGAACCUGACACAGCUACUUCUAAAGAAGAGGCAGUAGUUGAUAAGGAAGAACCUCCAGCUGUAUUAACAAGAGCUCGUAGGAGCAGGACAAAAAAUGUGCAAGCCACACCAUCACGAAGAUCCAAAAGACAGAAAUCCAAGGAAGAACAGAGUGACCAAGAUGUAGUGGAAGUGCAACAGCAAGAAGAAGGAAGGGUGGAGAGUGAAAAAGAAAUUGAAAUUCUAACUGUUGAUUCACCUGAAAACAGAAAAGAGACAGAUGUAACCCCUUCAACGGAGCAACAGGAGAAGACAGAGGAUACAACACCAUCUGGAAAGGAGGUCAAGACUUCAGCUGAAAGUGCUGAGGAGGAAGAUGACAAAGUCACAGAGCCAGCUGGUCAAGUUUCAGCAUCAGAAGAAAAAGAGACAGAAUCAUCCGAGGAAGAACUAACAGAGAACAAAGAGGAAGGGAAUGUGGACCCUCCAGUUGUUGAAAAAAGAGUCCUGAGGAGCAGGUCAAAACCUGUUGCAGACACUCGUGAAACAAAUUCCAAACAACACCACCCUAAUGAGGAGCAAACCAAAGUGGAAGCAAGCGCACCUCCAAAACGCAGAUCCAAACGGCAAAAAAUAAGGGUGGAUUACAGCGAAAAUGAUGACAAGGAUGAGGAGGGAGAUGAGACAGAGGCAGCAACUGAUUCCAAGGUGGAAGAGGACAUAGUGGAGUCAGAUGAGGGCAAAGACAAGAGUGAAGAUAAGGUAGCUGAAUGUUCUGAAGAUGUAGAGACAGACAUGCUGGAAAAGAGUGGAGACAAGGAAGAAGAUAUAGAGAACAGCAUGGAGGUCAUUAAUGGUGAAGAUGAUGCCGUUCUAGAUUUAGCACUGGAUGAAGACGAAGUGGAAGAGGAGACAGGUGCAGCUCAAGAAGAUAAGGAAGAUGAGCUAAGUAUCUCAGAGGAAGAUGACGAACCUGUAGUGAUUGGAAAGCGAGUGUUAAGAUCGAGAUCAGUUCCUUCGGUAAUAAUCACACCGCAGUCUAAAUCAAAAAGACGCAGCUCCAAAGGCAGAAAAGAAGCAGAGGAACCGGAGGCGCCUUUGUCUGAAGAUCCUGAACAGAGCCCUCAUUCUGCUCAGAGCAGAAGUCCGCGAAAGAGAAAAAGCGCUGAGCUAUCUCCAAUUCGCAGAUCCAAGCGUCACAGCAGAGUUUAGGAUAAUGUGAAUAAUUGGAAUGACGUUGAAACCAAAAUACAUAUCCGCACUUAAAACUGGGGAAAAGCAAAAAUACUUGUGUUGCUCAUUUUUCAUUGCAGGCAGGCCUUCUUCAUUGUGCAGGACAGACUACAUUCAGACAACAAAACACAGGUUCAGAUAUUGUCUGUCAGUGACGAAAGGAUGCCCCUUUAUUGUGUAUACCAGUGGCUGAGCAGGACGUGCACACAAACGCCUUACCAAGUUGUACAGUCAAGUCGAGUAAAACAGGAUUCUAGAUGUAACACAAAUUAACUGAGCUGUAUUGUUUCACAAUGCCAGCCAAAAGUGAAUUGCAAUAACUUUGAUCAGGUAAUGCACCAGUAAGCCACAGCUAAAACAAUUCUUUGAUAUAUCUAGUCCCCAAAUGCUUUGUUUUCUUUCCACUGUGGUUGUUUUGAAUAAAACAGUGAAAACCUAAGCUUGUUGGCUAAAGCUAGCCAUCUUGUCAGUAGCUUAAUGACAAGAUGGCUAAUUAAGCUAAUUAGCUUUUUAAGCUACUGACAACAGCCUCUCCGCAUCCGAGUCACAAUGCACAUGAAUGCAUUUCUAUCUUUUCACAAACCGGGAAGCAGGAGCAUCCGAGUUAUCCCAUGAAUCCAAUGAGGUCAUGAGCACAGCGUAACUUUGUUAUAACUGUAUUCUUCAAGAAGUGUUUUUUUUUUUUUUUCUUAAAGACAUGCAGGUCUGGAAAAUAACAAGGUGAGUCCAGAGGCGAUUAUCAAAUGCAAAAGGUGAUACUUGUGGAGAAUGUUUUUCCCAAGUUGACUUGGAGAGAAUGAACAAAGAUGCAAGCACACAGAGCGUCUGUCCGGUUGGAGAUGGACUGUGUGCUUGCAGUCUUAGGACACAGCUGUUCAUCUUCUCAGAUAAUUCCAACAGUUGCUGACUGUUCAGAUCAUUCCUGUAAUGAAUCUUGGUGCUUCCUAAUUCCCUCUCUUCAGUGAAGUCACCAUCCAGUGCGUCCUUGGCAGGCAAGUAAACUUCCAACAUCUUUACCAUCUUCCACCAUCACCUUUUUUUUGUAAUUGUACCUCAGCUGUUAGAUAUUGCGUCAAACACAUGCUGAUAAGGACCCAUUGACUUCCUCCACAAAACUGGCUUUUAAUGUAAUGGUGUAAGGCCACAACAAAGGUCGAGAUAGUAAUUCUAUUUUCAGACUACAGAGGGCAGCCACAUGCCAUCGCUGCAUCUAGCCUUCCGAAAUGCAGAGCAGGAGGAGUGCUGUGAGGCCACACACUGAUUUGGUCCUGCUCGGUAUCGAACUGAAGUUGCAGUGAAAACAUGGAGCCACUUUCUUUUGCUUUUUCCCUGUUGCCGUGUACUUUCAGUUUGCUAACCCUUUGGUUUUACACACCAGCCGUAAAGACCGAUCCACCGCUGCGUGGUCAGUUUUUUGUCAUUGUUGGUUUUUUGCAAUGAUGACAGUGAUGUCAACACAUAUAUGCAAACUCCAUUAAUCAGCAAAUCCUAAUGGGACCACAGUGAAUAUUUCCAAUGACUGUUUCUCAAAGAGCCAUAGUUUCCAGUUUUAUACAUGGAAUGUUUACUCAUGGUGAAUUGAUAUUUUUAUAUUGUACAUAUUUUUCUUAAAUUUCAUUUCAAACAAAUUAUAAAGUGUGUUAUUGAUCUUUUAGUUUGCAAUUUGAAAUCUAGAGGCUGAAUAUCAUGUUUUCAGUCACUUUUAUUGCUUAUUUUUAAAUAAAAAUAAAUACUUUUUGGUAAUUUGUUUACUUAUAGCAGAAUGCCAAACCAGCCCCAAUAUGAUAAAAGAAUUUUUAAUCUUUCUUAAACGGGUAGAAUACCGUAUUAUAUCCAUUUUUAAUUCCUCAACAGGACAGAGUAGUGUUGAUGUAUUUUUAGAUGAAUUAGUGUACUUGAAAUUACUCAUGAAUUUUCCAAAACAUGUUUUUGUUUUUCAAAUAUCAGCAGAACUCAGGAUGUAAAAUUCAGAUCUCCUCCACUAACAGACAUUUUGUUCGACAUGUAAAAACAUUUUGGUCUUAUGUGACUCUAAAUAUGUAACACACAUUUAUUCAGACACAGUACACCUGUAGCUAACCUUGUGAACUUUGGAGUCAUAGCCUGUUUUGGAGAGGAGGCUGUCUCGUGUUUUUUUCAAACCAUUUCUGUUUAUAUUGUUUUAACAUUGUGACAAUAUUUAAUCCACAUUUUACAUUGUGUCCUCACUAUCAGUGAAUGUUUUUUGUUGUCCAUCUAAUUUGGCGCAUAAACAUGUGUGAUGUAAAACCGCUGGCCUCCACAAGGUAUGCACACAUGUGAUGUUUGUGGCAUGUGCAUCUAUCUUGGGUCAGUGCUUGGCAGCAGUUGUCACCAGCAAUCAUGUCAUUUUUGAUCACCUACAUUUACUUUUCAUGUUUCAUGUUGACAAACCUCUCAAUGCUUUCUAUUACAGGUUGUUUUCCCAGUGAAAUGUCAUUUGUAAUUAUCUUUUGUGGCAAAUAAAGAUUUCUG